UUGGCCGGGAGGGAGGGAGGAGAGGAGGGAUGGGGCGGAGAGAAGGGCCAGAGCUGCGCCGCCACCGCCGGCAACUUUGUGAACGAGUUCAGUGCGCGCGUGAGCGAGUGAGCGGAAAGGAGAGCGCGCGGAGGACGCGCCCGGGACGCGCGGCUGCAGCGGGAGGCCCGGGCCGAGCGGUUUUGAGAGAUUGCCUCAAGUUGGACUCAGAAGUGAAAUUCACUUCAGGCUUUGAGAUGGAAUGAGGAAUGUCCGUUUUAACUGGGUUACCCUAUUGUCAGCCCAUGGUUAUCUCUCCUGUGGUCCCUCAGUGCUGUAGAAGCUGGGGUGGAGCGUCCCUCCUCCUGUUUCUGCUUGUAGUGAUGAUUGUGCAUUUCUAGUGUGGUUGCUGCUACUGUCUUAAGCUGCUGGAGCCAUGGCAGGAGAAUAUAAGGAAGCAUGGGAUUAUGGCAAUCACAGAAUCCCAGUGAGACAAGUUCUGUUCCGUUUUCUCUGAAAGAAAGCCGUCUGUUAAAGUGAAGCCAAGGAACUGUUGUGGAUUACAAUGCUUGGAAGAUCUGGAUUUUCAGUAAUCUGAAAAUAAGGUAUCAUUUAACCUUUCAAAUGAAAAAGCUGAAGACCUUACCACGACUGCUGUAUUUUGUGGAAGCCAUUCUCUGAAACAGAAGUGCAUGUUUAAAAUACAGAUAUGGUGAUCCUUUCUGCAGGGAUUUAAGUCUAAUUUCUUUCACACCAUGACCAGCUUGAAGCGGUCACAGACAGAAAGGCCUGUCGCCACUGACAGAGCCUCUGUUGUCAGCACAGAUGGCACCCCCAAAGUCCACACUGAUGAUUUCUACAUGCGUCGUUUCCGGUCCCAAAAUGGCAGCUUAGGAUCAUCAGUCAUGGCUCCGGUAGGGCCCCCUCGAAGUGAAGGUCCUCACCAUAUAACCUCAACCCCUGGAGUCCCCAAGAUGGGGGUUAGGGCAAGAAUUGCAGAUUGGCCUCCAAGAAAGGAAAACAUAAAAGAAUCUAGCCGCUCAAGCCAGGAAAUAGAAACCUCAAGUUGCCUUGAGAGCCUGUCCUCCAAAAGCAGUCCUGUGAGUCAGGGGAGUUCUGUUAGCCUCAAUUCCAAUGACUCAGCCAUGCUGAAGAGCAUACAGAACACACUGAAGAGCAAGACCCGACCGGCGGAGAACAUGGACUCCAGAUUCCUCAUGCCUGAAGCCUAUCCCAGCUCCCCCAGGAAAGCCCUUCGCAGAAUACGGCAGCGGAGCAACAGCGACAUCACCAUAAGUGAGCUUGAUGUGGAUAGUUUUGAUGAAUGUAUCUCCCCCACCUACAAGACGGGGCCAUCACUGCACAGGGAAUAUGGUAGCACGUCUUCAAUCGACAAGCAGGGAACAUCCGGAGAGAGCUUCUUCGAUUUGUUAAAGGGCUACAAAGAUGACAAAUCUGAUCGAGGUCCAACUCCAACCAAGCUCAGUGACUUCCUCAUCACUGGUGGGGGCAAGGGGUCCGGUUUUUCCUUGGAUGUGAUUGAUGGACCCAUCUCACAGAGAGAGAACCUCAGGCUUUUCAAGGAAAGGGAAAAACCACUCAAGCGGCGUUCCAAGUCUGAAACUGGAGACUCAUCCAUUUUUCGUAAAUUACGCAAUGCCAAAGGUGAAGAACUUGGGAAGUCUUCAGACCUUGAAGACAACCGCUCAGAAGACUCUUCGAGGCCCUGGACGUGUCCAAAGUGCUUUGCCCACUACGAUGUCCAGAGCAUAUUAUUUGACUUGAACGAGGCAAUUAUGAACAGGCACAACGUUAUAAAGAGGAGAAACACUACCACGGGAGCAUCAGCGGCUGCUGUGGCUUCCUUGGUCUCCGGACCUUUGUCUCACUCAGCUAGCUUCAGCUCCCCCAUGGGCAGCACGGAGGACCUGAAUUCCAAAGGAAGCCUUGGCAUGGACCAGGGAGACGACAAAAGCAAUGAACUCGUCCUGAGCUGUCCUUAUUUUCGGAAUGAGAUUGGUGGAGAGGGUGAGAGGAAAAUCAGCCUGUCAAAGUCAAAUUCUGGCUCCUUUAGUGGGUGUGAAAGUGCCUCCUUUGAGUCCACCCUCAGCUCGCAUUGCACAAAUGCGGGAGUGGCGGUGCUCGAAGUGCCCAAGGAAAACUUGGUUUUGCAUCUCGACAGAGUGAAAAGAUACAUCGUGGAACACGUGGAUCUUGGUGCAUACUAUUACAGGAAGUUCUUCUACCAGAAGGAACACUGGAACUAUUUUGGGGCUGAUGAGAAUCUGGGUCCUGUGGCUGUGAGCAUUCGAAGGGAAAAACCAGAAGAAAUGAAAGAAAAUGGAUCUCCAUACAACUACAGAAUAAUUUUUAGAACUAGUGAGCUCAUGACCCUGAGAGGGUCCGUCCUGGAAGAUGCUAUUCCCUCCACAGCCAAGCACUCGACAGCCAGAGGGCUGCCUCUGAAAGAGGUGCUGGAGCAUGUGAUCCCUGAGCUCAAUGUCCAGUGCCUGCGACUGGCCUUCAACACACCCAAAGUCACCGAGCAGCUCAUGAAGCUCGAUGAGCAAGGGCUGAACUAUCAGCAGAAAGUCGGCAUCAUGUACUGCAAAGCAGGCCAGAGCACGGAGGAAGAGAUGUACAACAAUGAAUCGGCAGGCCCAGCCUUUGAGGAAUUCCUUCAGCUCUUGGGAGAACGAGUUCGGCUGAAAGGAUUUGAGAAGUAUCGUGCACAGCUCGACACCAAAACUGACUCCACUGGAACCCAUUCUCUGUACACAACCUACAAAGACUAUGAAAUUAUGUUCCACGUCUCCACCAUGCUACCGUACACACCCAACAACAAGCAACAGCUCCUACGGAAGCGGCACAUUGGAAAUGACAUUGUAACUAUCGUUUUUCAAGAGCCUGGAGCACAGCCAUUUAGCCCGAAAAACAUCCGAUCCCACUUUCAGCAUGUUUUCGUCAUUGUCCGGGCUCACGGCCCAUGCACCGACAGUGUCUGUUACAGUGUGGCUGUCACCAGGUCCAGAGAUGUGCCUUCCUUUGGACCUCCCAUCCCUAAAGGGAUUACGUUCCCCAAGUCAAAUGUGUUCAGGGACUUCCUUUUGGCCAAAGUGAUUAAUGCAGAAAAUGCUGCUCAUAAAUCAGAAAAGUUCCGGGCUAUGGCAACAAGGACCCGCCAGGAAUACCUGAAAGAUCUGGCAGAAAAGAACGUCACCAACACACCCAUCGACCCUUCGGGCAAAUUCCCAUUCAUUUCUCUGGCCUCCAAGAAGAAGGAAAAGUCCAAGCCAUAUCCAGGAGCUGAACUCAGUAGCAUGGGGGCCAUCGUGUGGGCAGUCCGGGCCAAAGACUACAACAAGGCCAUGGAAUUAGACUGCCUCCUUGGGAUCUCCAAUGAGUUCAUUGUCCUCAUCGAACAGGAAACAAAGAGUGUGGUUUUCAACUGUUCCUGCAGGGAUGUGAUAGGGUGGACUUCCAGUGACACCAGCCUCAAAAUCUUCUACGAGCGUGGAGAGUGUGUUUCAGUGGAGAGUUUCAUUAGCAAUGAAGAUAUCAAAGAAAUUGUCAAGAGGCUACAGUUUGUUUCCAAAGGUUGUGAAUCUGUAGAAAUGACUCUGAGAAGAAAUGGGCUAGGACAGCUUGGCUUCCAUGUCAACUAUGAGGGCAUCGUGGCAGAUGUGGAGCCCUACGGCUAUGCCUGGCAGGCAGGGCUGAGACAGGGCAGCCGCCUGGUGGAGAUCUGCAAGGUGGCAGUGGCCACCCUGAGCCAUGAGCAAAUGAUCGAUCUCCUGAGAACAUCUGUCACAGUGAAAGUUGUCAUCAUCCCCCCACAUGACGACUGCACCCCACGGAGGAGUUGCUCAGAAACCUAUCGCAUGCCAGUGAUGGAGUACAAGAUGAAUGAAGGUGUCUCCUAUGAGUUCAAGUUUCCCUUCCGAAAUAACAACAAAUGGCAGCGGAAUGCUAACAAGGGCCCUCAUUCACCUCAAGUCCCGUCCCAGGUGCAGAGUCCCAUGACCUCACGGCUGAAUGCUGGGAAAGGAGAUGGGAAGAUGCCUCCUCCAGAAAGAGCUGCCAACAUCCCUCGAAGCAUCUCCAGUGAUGGACGCCCACUGGAGAGGCGGCUCUCUCCUGGUUCGGACAUCUAUGUGACAGUCUCAUCCAUGGCUUUGGCAAGAUCCCAGUGCCGAAAUUCCCCCAGCAACCUGUCUUCAUCCAGCGAGACCGGCUCUGGGGGUGGCACUUACAGACAGAAGUCCAUGCCCGAAGGGUUUGGCGUGAGCCGCAGAUCCCCAGCCUCCAUCGACAGGCAGAACACCCAGUCAGAUAUUGGUGGCAGUGGAAAGUCCACCCCCAGCUGGCAAAGAAGUGAGGAAAGCAUCGCCGACCAGAUGGCUUACAGUCAUAGAGGACCUCAGGAUUUCAAUUCUUUUGUCCUCGAGCAGCAUGAAUAUACAGAGCCUACAUGCCAUCUCCCAGCAGUAUCAAAGGUGCUGCCUGCUUUCCGAGAGAGCCCCAGCGGGAGAUUAAUGCGGCAGGAUCCAGUGGUUCACUUGUCUCCAAACAAACAAGGGCAUUCUGAUAGCCACUACUCCAGCCACUCAAGCAGCAACACCCUCUCCAGCAACGCCUCGAGUGUGCACAGUGACGACAAGUGGUACGACGGGGAUCGCACGGAAUCAGAGCUCAACAGCUAUAACUACCUGCAGGGCACCUCUGCUGACAGUGGUAUCGACACCACCUCCUAUGGCCCUAGCCAUGGCAGCACAGCCUCCCUGGGGGCCGCCUCGUCCCCUCGCUCGGGGCCAGGCAAGGAGAAGGUGGCACCCCUGUGGCACAGCUCCAGCGAAGUGCUCUCCCUGGCAGAUCGGACUUUAGAGACCGAGAGCCACGGCAUGGACCGGAAAACAGAGUCCUCCCUGAGCCUGGACAUCCAUAGCAAGAGCCAGGCUGGCUCCAGCCCGCUGACCAGGGAGAACAGCACCUUCAGCAUAAAUGAGGUGGCAUCUCACACCAGUACCAUGAGCUCCCGACACUCUGCCAGCCCAGUGGUGUUCUCCAGUGCCAGAAGCUCACCCAAAGAGGAGCUCCAUCCCGCCACGUCCACACAGCUUGCACCUUCCUUCUCUUCCUCCUCCUCCUCUGGGCCUAGGACUUUCUACCCCCGCCAGGGCGCCACCAGCAAGUACCUGAUUGGAUGGAAAAAACCUGAAGGAACCAUUAACUCCGUGGGAUUUAUGGACACAAGAAAGCGUCAUCAGAGUGAUGAUAAUGAGAUUACCCAUACCAGGCUGCGAGCCUCAACCAGAGACCUCCGGGCAUCCCCCAAGCCAACCUCCAAGUCCACCAUUGAGGAGGAUCUGAAGAAACUCAUUGACCUCGAGAGUCCAACACCCGAAUCACAGAAGAAUUUCAAGUUCCACGCACUGUCCUCCCCACAGUCUCCUUUCCCCAACACCCCCACCUCCCGACGGGCCUUGCACAGGACGCUGUCAGAUGAGAGCGUUUACAGCGGCCAGAGGGAGCACUUCUUCACCUCCAGGGCUUCACUUCUGGACCAAGCCCUGCCCAACGAUGUUCUCUUCAGCAGCACCUACCCAUCUCUCCCCAAGUCACUCCCACUGCGGAGGCCAUCCUAUACCUUGGGAAUGAAGUCCUUACACGGAGAGUUCUCAGCCUCGGACAGCUCGCUUACCGACAUCCAGGAGACCCGAAGGCAGCCCAUACCUGACCCUGGCCUCAUGCCCCUGCCUGACACUGCUGCAGAUUUGGAUUGGUCCAACCUAGUAGAUGCUGCCAAAGCUUAUGAGGUCCAGAGAGCCUCAUUUUUUGCUGCUAGUGAUGAAAACCACCGCCCCUUGAGUGCAGCCUCCAACAGUGACCAGCUGGAGGAGCAGGCUCUGGUCCAGAUGAAGUCUUACAGCAGCAGUAAGGACUCCUCUCCCACCCUGGCUUCCAAAGUGGACCAGCUGGAAGGUAUGCUGAAGAUGCUUCGUGAAGAUUUGAAAAAGGAAAAAGAAGACAAGGCCCAUCUGCAGGCAGAAGUUCAGCACUUGCGUGAGGAUAACCUGAGGCUGCAAGAGGAGUCCCAGAAUGCCUCGGACAAACUGAAGAAGUUCACGGAGUGGGUCUUCAACACCAUAGACAUGAGCUAGGGGCAGCCGAGGGAAGAGGAAGAGGCCACAAGCCGCACUGCUGGGCACCUUGCAGCACCCAUUCACGCCUUCAAAAGCAUUCUGCCAUCUUCCCCGGCUUCCCACUCUGCCCCCUUUCGGGCAGUGCACAACACGACAAUUGCAGAUCAACAAUCAUCAUCUGCCUUUUGUAGAAAAGUGAAACAAAAAAGUAAAUAAAAAUUUUAAAAAGUAAAAUAAAAAGUUUAACUGCUAAAA